AUGCGCCCGGCCCCAAGCCUAGAGAAAGGCGGCAGCGAGUCAUGGUCUCGAACACAUAAUUCAUCAAGUGAUUCUAAAUUGGAUGCAAUAUCGAGGAAAAUCGACGAGCUCAGCCAGAGGAUGAGCCAAUUGAGUCAUGAGCCGACCAAGAAUAGAACCUAUAAACCCCUCGACUUUGCAGACCCUAUCGACACCAGCCAGGAGGAACGCAGCUCGCCAUUCUCGUUCGGACCAACACCAUCUUCCUCCUCACUCGGCUCCACACCAAACCAAGGGGCCCUACCUUAUAACCCCACCGGCGAGGGUGUCCGUGAGGUGCAGCGCGACUCUUCCAAAGCGGAAUAUGAGGGUGAAUCGUCGCUUUUCGCUCACGCCGUCUUCGCUGGUCGGUUUCUACAGCAGGCCGUUAACAACACGACCAACGCUGAGGUCGCGCAAGAGAUGGAAGCCGUCCUUGACGGCCUCAAGGCUGCCGUUCAGUCUGGGAAACAACAGUCUGAUACGGUCGAUAGACUGUAUCCUCUUGCCAAGGAGAUCCCAUUCGGUUCGACGACCCGUAACCUUCCUUUGCCACCCAUCGACAAGGUGUUCAUGUGCUUGCGUAUGGCCAGGGAAUGCCCGCAAGUGGCCAUGCUGUGGCUGGGCGACUUUAUUAGGCCCACCCAGUUCAGCGAGUACUUUAUUAAAAUCGCAUCGCCUGGUCCAGCCACCGAAGCCGACUUGAUCAUCGUCCAUUGCGGUCUUUACUGGUUGUUCUGCGAAUGCUCCAAAGCCGUCACCGACGAAGAAAUGAAGCAAGACUACUACGGGCAGGCUUUCAUAUGCGAGGCGAACCUCGAGACUGUCCUUGCCAACCUUCGCUUUCAUCAGCAAACAAGUAUGGACUUCGUAUAUGCAAUGGGUAUGGCGUCGUUGUAUUGCCUCCAGAAGAGCAAGCCAUCUGCCGCUUGGAAUUUCAUCAAUUCGGCCUCGCAUAUGAUACAAGCUCUUGGCUUGCAACAUAACGCGCCCGCAGACAUGGAGGGACCCGAAGAAAAGGCCCAGAAGAGAAACUUAUUCUGGACCAUAUACAUGACUGAGAAGAUGCUGUCGCUACGCCUGGGUCGUUCAUCGACCUUUCGAGACCAGGACAUCACCCUGACCCGUCUUGGUAUGGAGCGUUCCGGCGGUUCUUUCUUGGCCGAACUCGCCCCCGGCUGGAUCAACAUGGCGAGUAUACAGGGCCGGAUAUACGACGAGAUCUACAGUCCAGGAGCCCUCAUGCAACCGCCGCACAUCCGAACGUCUCGUGCUCGGGCUCUUGCGGCCGAGUUAAAAACUGCCAUGCAACAUGCGCAAGACAUCCACGUGAGUUUGUCCCGGCCACCUGCCCGGGAUCGUGAAGUUAUCUCGUCCCAAUCACGCCUCGAGACAACGCCGACGUCUGACUGGCUACAGGACCACUACGAGGCGAGCAAAGGCCAAGUGCUGGGGCUAGAUUACCACGAGAUAGCAAGACGUUCCGACCGAGUCAUCGGCCUUUCCAUGCUUACGCUCAUCUACCGGAGCAUCGCCCCGGAGAAGCCCUCGACGUCCGCUUUUUGUCAAGAAUGCAUCGAUGCUGCCAGAGAUACGCUCCAAGAACACGACCAGUGCGUCGCCGUGGUUAUCAAGGCUCGAGGGAAAACGGUGUUCCUUGAAGCAUACAUCAACUGGACCAUCAUCCAGUCCCCGUUCAUCCCCUUCAUCAUCCUAUUCUGCCACAUCAUCGAGACGUCCGAGGCUUCAGACCUCGAGCACAUGAGAGGUCUUGUCGAGACACUCGAGUCUACAUCGAACUCCCACGCACAUAAUACAUGUGCCAAGCAACGUCGCCUCUUCAAGGCGUUGUAUGACGUCGCGGCUAAGUACGUCGAGGUCAAAUCCCGUUCGGACGGUGGGGAGGGGGGGAUGCUGUGGUCAAUGGCUCGGCAGCAGUGUGUCGAUGCGUUCGCCAGCACGACUUCGAACGGUCCCGGACCCGAUUCAUUGGAUUCUGGAGGAAUUGUGGGAGACCUGCGGACGACGAAUACUGCAGAUGCACUUGGUCAAAUGCCGUCGCACGGCGAGGUGAAUGGGGACGGGAGGGGGCUUGCGGAUGGGCUGGUCGGGCCUACGGCGUUGCAGACCACGGCAUUUAGUAGGGAUGUGGACAUGGAGAUGGAUCUCUCGGGAGCCCAACUUUGGGACUGGUUCAACAAGAACCAGUCCAUUAUGAGGAUGCUUGAAGACACAUAG